GCCUCCGACCUCAAACCAUCAGCUGCAUGCAGACCAGCUUUCACUGAAGCAACAACUAAGCAUCUGCUACAGGCUUUCUCGAUCCGGAGAGAGAUCAACAGCGCAUAGUCACAGUCUUCAGCCAUGGUGGUUCCCGUGAUCGACUUCUCCAAGCUGGAGCUGGACGGCGCCGAGAGGGCGGAGACACUGGAGCAGAUCGCCAAUGGCUGCGAGGCGUGGGGCUUCUUCCAGCUCGUGAACCACGGCAUCCCGCUGGAGCUCCUCGAGCGCGUCAAGAAAGUGUGCUCCGACUGCUACCGCCUCCGUGAGGCCGGCUUCAAGGCGUCGGAGCCGGUGCGCACGCUGGAGGCGCUCGUCGCCGCAGAGCAACGCGGCGAGGAGGUGGCGCCCGUGGACGACCUGGACUGGGAGGACAUCUUCUACAUCCACGACGGCUGCCAGUGGCCGUCCGACCCGCCGGCGUUCAAGGAGACCAUGCGCGAGUACCGCGCCGAGCUGAGGAAGCUCGCCGAGCGCGUCAUGGAGGCCAUGGACGAGAACCUCGGCCUGGACCGGGGCACCAUCAAGGCCGCCUUCUCCGGCGACGGCCGGCGCGAGCCUUUCUUCGGCACCAAGGUCAGCCACUACCCGCCGUGCCCGCGCCCGGACCUCAUCACGGGCCUGCGCGCGCACACCGACGCCGGCGGCGUCAUCCUGCUGUUCCAGGACGACAGGGUCGGCGGCCUCGAGGUGCUCAAGGACGGCCAGUGGACCGACGUGCAGCCGCUCGCGGGUGCCAUCGUCGUCAACACUGGCGACCAGAUCGAGGUGCUCAGCAACGGCCGGUACCGCAGCGCCUGGCACCGCGUGCUGCCCAUGCGCGACGGCAACCGCCGCUCCAUUGCUUCCUUCUACAACCCGGCCAACGAGGCCACCAUUUCGCCGGCGGCGGUGGCCACCAGCGGCGGCGCGGCGUACCCCAAGUACAUGUUCGGCGACUACAUGGACGUGUACGUCAAGCAGAAGUUCCAGGCCAAGGAGCCAAGGUUCGAAGCCGUCAAGGCGGCGGCGCCAAAGUCAUCUCCGGCGGCUUAAAAUAACUUGAUAGUACGGAGUAAUAGUAUAGUCGUUAAUAAGGACACUACUCAAUUACUAGUGUUAUUUGUUCGUUGAGUAUAGCCUUGAAGAGUCAAAUGAUUUUUUAUUUGGGUUGCUAUAUUUUUUGAGUUGUUUCAAUAUAAUGUACUGUAUCAAUCAAUUGUGUUAAUGUUAUAAGUGAGUGAAAAUGACUACCUUGUAAUACUAUCUUUGUUACUCGUUUUGAGUGGCAUAUGCAUUGGAUUC